CUGCUUGGUAGGACCAGGCAGCCUGUGAAAGCUCUCCUGAUCAAAGAACAUCUGGCUGGACAAGCAGACUGUCUUCCAUGCAGCUGGCAGAGUCCAGACUCGGCUCAUUGUGAUCCUCAGCCUGCCUGGGCAGUGGCACACGCAGCCCCCAGGGAGUAGCCGAGGCAGAGUAUGAUGCUCAGGAGAAGUGUCCCCAGGGUCCUCGGCCUUGGGCUGACGCUGGUCUUUGCUCUCAAUCUCCUCCUGAUACUUUAUGCCAAGGGAAUUUUACAGAAGCUGGCUCUGGGUGACAUCCAGGAAAGGCUUCACUUGCCUCCAUCCGAAUGGAACAGGACCGAGAUGGAGCGACUCUCUCGCCUGGAGGUGGAGUUGCAGCAUCUGAAAGAACAUAUGAAACUGGCUAUGAAGCAACCGAAAAAUGUGGACACCCCACCAGAACGGGUGAGAGAUGAAAGUCGGCCUGUUCAAAAGGCAGUGGAAGCCAAGGAGAGGGCGAGGAAGGACCAGAAACCAAAAGAGCUUCUGUUUCCAAACUCGGUGCUUUUCCAGAAGUGGGGUGAGGACCUUUCUGAGGAGGAGCAGAAAAAGGCCGAGGCCCUCUUCCAGAAGUUUGGCUACAAUGUCUACCUCAGUGACCAGCUGCCUCUCGCCCGCACCAUCCCAGACACGAGGGAUCCCAGGUGUCUCUGGAAGAGAUACUCUUCGCAGCUCCCGUCCCUCAGUGUCAUCCUCAUAUUCGUGAAUGAAGCUCUGUCGGUUAUACAACGGGCCAUCGCCAGCAUCAUCAACCGGACCCCCCCUCAGCUGUUGAAGGAGAUCAUCUUAGUGGAUGAUUUUAGCUCAAAUGAAGAGUUAAAGGCACACUUGGAUGAGAAGAUUAAGCUUUACAACCAGAAGUCUCCAGGACUCCUGAAGAUAAUACGGCAUGCCGAGAGAAAAGGUCUUGCUGCAGCUCGAAACACUGGCAGGGAAGCGGCCACAGCCGAUAUCGUUGCCGUCUUGGAUGCUCAUGUGGAAGUGAACGUGGGAUGGGCAGAGCCCAUCUUGGCUCGAAUUCAGCAAGAUCGCACUGUGAUUGUGUCACCUGUGUUCGACAAAAUUCAUUUUGACACCUUGGAACUGGAAAAGUAUGCCCUGGCAGUUGACGGGUUUAACUGGGAAUUGUGGUGCCAAUAUGAUUCAUUGCCAAAGGCCUGGGUUGAUCUGCACGACGUCACUGCUCCUGUGAAGAGCCCUUCCAUCAUGGGCAUCCUGGCGGCCAACAGGCUCUUCUUGGAAGAGAUUGGAUCCCUGGAUGGAGGGAUGGUGACCUACGGAGGCGAGAACGUGGAGCUGAGCCUGAGGGUGUGGCAGUGCGGAGGCAGAAUAGAGGUCUUGCCCUGCUCCCGGGUGGCCCACCUGGAGAGACACCACAAGCCCUAUGCCUUGGACCUGAGUCUUCCCUUGAUGCGUAACGCCCUGCGAGUGGCCGAAAUCUGGAUGGAUGAGCACAAAGACAUGGUCUACAUGGCCUGGAACAUACCUCUCCAGAACUCUGGAAUCGAUAUUGGAGACAUUUCUUCCCGAAAGGCGCUCCGGGAGAAACUGAAAUGCAAAACCUUUGAUUGGUAUCUGAAAAAUGUCUAUCCGGUCCUGAAGCCAAUCCACAGCAUCGUGGGCUAUGGGAGAAUGAAAAACCCAUUGGAUGAAAGUGUCUGCCUGGAUCAGGGAGCUAGUCCAGACAAGAGCCCCAUCAUGUAUCGCUGUCAUCAAUACAGUUCCCAGAAUGUCUACUACCACCUAACUGGGGAGUUCUACGUGGGACCACUGAUUGCUGAGACAGAUACUGAAGAUAACUGCCUGACAGACCCUGGCAAAGGGGAGAAGCCCACUUUAGAGCCAUGUUCCAAGGCUGUCGAAAAUGGACUGUACAUACAUUGGGAUUUUAAACCAGGAAGAGCCGUCAUAAACAGAGCCACCAAGCGAUGUCUGGAGAUAAAGAAGGCCUCUCUAGAUGGCUACCUGCUUGUCCUCCAGACCUGCACUGCCCAGGUGUGGACAAUACAGUAUACUGUCCGAAACUGGGGGUCAAGCUAAUGUCCAGCGAGCCUCAGGGAGCCUGGCUUCUUGACACCGGAAUGGCUUAUACAUGCAACGCUGCUCAGCUGGGGGAGGGGGAGAGAAAGAGUGUGUGUGUGUGUGUGUGUGUGUGUGUGUGUGUGUGUACUGCAACUUCAGCCAGGACUCUCCCGAAACGUGCAGCAAAUAGACAAGUAAUCUUAAAAACAAAUCCCUCCAUUCACCCCCCCCUCCCCAGCGGUUUUCUUUGGGUUACUCCCUCUCUCCCAUACCAGGGAUUCGGAGGCCGAGGGAGGAGAAGACAUCUGACUAGCCAGCCCCGCUCUGCCCAGGCUGUGAGGAAGGUGGGAAAAUCCAAGUUCCUCUGGGUCUUUCUCGAAGGAGCUUAGAGCAUCUAACAGAUUUGAUUACCUGUUUCCUUCUAAAUCCCUGAAAACUAUGGGGAAAACGAGGCUUGAAACAGAGAGGCAUUGCUUACUGGGGCACGAAGAAGGGAUUGUAGGCAAAUGCUGAAUCAGGGGUCCUUUCUGCUGCCCACUGGCUACAUCCUUUCCUGUAGGUGGUGAGUUAGGGGGAUGUAAUGUCAAGGGUUGCCAGUUUUGGCCAGGUCUUGGAGAUUGGUGGGAGUGGGCGUUAAGUUGGGAGAAGAAGGGAGUUCCCAUCGUGGCGCAGUGGAAAUAAAUCCGACUAGGAC